AUGACCAAGCAAAUCAUCGUCGAGAACUCUCCAAGUGGUAAGAUCAACCUCAACUUUGGUGAGGCUGACUCCACUUUCAAGAUCGUGGACACUGAGCUUCCAGAGUUGAAGCCUUCUCAAGUCAGAGUCAAGGUGUUGUACUUCUCCAACGAUCCCACCCAGAGAACCUGGAUGGCUGCAAACCAGGAUGCUUCCAGAUCUUACCAGGCUCCUGUUCUCAAGGGUGACGUCGUUAGAUCGCUCGCAAUGGCUGAGGUUUUGGAGUCUAAGUCCGACAAGUACCAGAAGGGUGACAUUGUCAACGGUAUGUUCGGCUGGUCUGAGGAGCUCGUUGUUUCUGAGCAGGCCAUCUUCAACAAGAUCGAUGUCAGCUCCGGCUUGCCAUUGCCUCUCUUCCUUUCCAGUCUUGGAAUGACUGGAUUGACUGCUUACUUCGGUUUGAAGGAUGUCGGCCAGUUGAAGGAGGGACAGACUGUAUUGAUUUCUGCUGCUUCUGGUGCCACUGGUUCCAUGGCUGUGCAGCUUGCUAAGCACUACUUUAAGGCCUCUAAGGUCAUUGGUAUUGCCGGUAGUGAAGAGAAGUGUGAGUGGGUCAAGUCCUUGGGUGCAGACUACUGUGCCAACUACAGAGAAGCUGACUGGAAGCUGAAAUUGUCCAAGUACAUUGGUACUGACUACGUUGACAUUUACUUUGACAGUGUUGGAGGUGACAUGUUGAGUUACGCUUUGAGAAAGGUUGCUCAGGGUGGCCGUGUCGUUGCUUGCGGUGCCAUUGCUGGUUAUAACGACCCAUCCAAGUUUGCCGUCACCACAUGGCCUGAGAUUGUCACCAACAGAUUGACCGUUCAAGGUUUCAUCGUUAUGGACUUUGCUGCCAGAUACCCUGAGGCUGUGGCUGCUAUCGCCGGAGCUUUGAAGGAGGGUAAGAUCAAGGCAUCUGAGGGAGCCAGUGUUGUGGACCUCUCCAACGAGAAGUUCCCAUUGGAGAAGGUUCCUUCCACUUGGUUCAAGUUGUUCACUGAGGAGAAGCCAGUGGGCAAGUUGAUUUCCAAGAUUUAA